ACCCAUUCCGUCACUUUAACGGUACUUUAAAGCUGCUGAGGCAGUCAGUGUUCACUUCCUGAGAAGACAACAAGUCUGGUCUGACAGAAAUGCUGGCCUCAACUACAGAACAAGUUGCCGUAACAGAGACCUCUGGUCUAGGAUCUUCAGCCAGUAAUGGCCCAACCUUCCUUGACUCUGAGUUUCGUUACAUCCUCUUCCCGGUUGUCUAUGGCAUCAUCUUCAUCCUGGGCCUCUUCGCUAACCUCUACGUGCUGUUUGUCCUGCGCCGCCUCCGUGAAGCCAAGGCCAUGGGCGAAAUCCGCAUCUACAUGACAAACUUGACCAUCGCUGAUCUCCUUUUUGUCUGUGCCCUUCCCUUCUGGGUUGACUAUUACAGUCGGCAUGGCAACUGGGUCUACACAGACUUCAUGUGCCGGCUGACUGGCUCGUUGUUCUUCAUCAACACCUACACGUCCAUCCUCUUCCUCGGGGCCAUCAGCGUCAACCGAUACUGGGCAGUCACCCGGCCCCUGGAUGCGGCCUCCUCAAACCACAGACGUCGUGGGAUCAUCGUGUGCGUUGUCAUCUGGGUGUUGACCGUGGCGUUGACUAUUCCAUAUCUGGCAUCUCCAGGGACCAACCCUGGUAAGAACAACGUCACUCGCUGUUUUGAGGGGUACCAUAAUCAAACUGAUAUGGAGAAGAAAACAGUGGCUGUCACUCAUUUCGCAAUAAUUGGAAUGUUUUUGGUUGUCUUUUUUCUGGUCGUGAUAUGUAAUUUCCUUAUUGCUCGAGCGUUACUUUCUCAAAACCUUCCUCAGUCAGAGUUCCGGUCUGCAACGAUUAUAUCAAGAAAGUCCAACAGGACCAUGUCCUCAUCAACUAAAAGGCCCAGGGGGGUGAAACGGAGAGCUCUGCAGAUGUUGUUAGCAGUGGUGGGAGUGUUUGUUCUGUGUUUCCUGCCCCACCAUGUCAUUCAAGGCUUCUGGACACUGGCGGUGUUGCAGAUCACACAGGGCUGGGGCCACGUAGACUGGGAGCAGAAGACUCUUCAGGCACUCAAUGACGCACAUCAGCUCACUUUGCUUCUUAUGGGCCUCAACUGCAUUUUGGAUCCUGUAGUUUACUAUUUCGCCACAAGGAAGUUUAGAGGGUUCAUCAUGGCCCACAUUAAAAAGGUAGUAAGGGGAGAGGGGUGCUCCCAGACGCUCACCUCGCAGCUCUCCAUGGAGAGCAGGAAUCAUUGCCAGAGACUCAAUAGCGAGCCCCAACAACCGGAAAUGGAUUGAUUUGAACAUAUGUAAUAUUUGUACAAAAAUGUAGAUAUCUGUCCCUUGUGUGGCAUUCAUGUUGCCACUGAUUCAAUAUUAGAUGACAUGCAGUAUUUUGUUUUUGUUUUUGCGCCUCUACUAUAUAACUAUAAGCAGUUUUUCCUGGUAAUGUAAUUUAGUGUUGGUGACUCCACACCCUCUGAUUUGAAUGUGGCCUCACACACAUUAUCUUGACAUUUAAUCCCCGCAUACUGUAGGAACUGCUGUCAGAAUUGCACUAGUCAUCUUGCUCUUCCUGUGUGAAGUACAAGCUGAAAAGCAGAUGUUUUUGUAAGCAGAAGUACAUAAAAAAAAAAGUCACAUCUACAGUAUAUACAGAGCCUAGUCAUCUCUUUUUGGGUGUUAAGAGUGGAGAUUCUCUAUAGAUUACACACACAACUUAGUAGGCGUACUCCUCACACCUGACAUCAAUUUUCAGUAUUGUGAAACAAGGGAAACAGUAAUGCUUCAGCUAUGUUUCCCCUCUGGCAUACAAUAUUGUGACAUUGCAUAAUGUCUCAUGGUAAAAAUCACAUGAUUCAUGUGACAAAGAAACCCAACACUUAUUAAUAUUCACCCAUCUACUGUGUUUUUUAUAUACUGUGAGAUUGCUUGCUGUUGCAUAACAGAUGUAUGAAGCAUUUUUAUUCAGUGGAACACUUUUCAUUAUCUUGUAUGGUACUCAAAAGUGUGUGUAAUGUUAUUUUGAUCUUCCAAAAAGGAAAAAAUGCUGGUUUUACUCCAUACAGCCAACUCUUGUAAUUACAAUUUUAUUUGUCUUUCAUUUGCUGUAUUGUGAUGACUAAAGUAAAUUAAAAAGUCAGUUUCUGACAUUUCAACAA